UCUGCAUUCUCACUGCAAAGUAGAUAUGUUCCAGCCAGAGUUAGAGCAGAGCUAGCUUGGGUUUAAGACAUUGAAAACCCACGUCAGAAGUUUUUUCUGUGUGUCUGGUUGGGGUGGUUAAAACCUGCAUAAGAGCCCAGGUUAACCAUGCAACCGAAGACAUGCCCCCCAGAUAUCCGAUUCCAGAAUUCUUGAUAAGAAUAGGUUAUGUGGUAGGUUGGAGGUGCAGUGAUUCUUGGAACGGAUAAUCUCUCCUGGCACCUUGUUCUCACUUCACUGGUCCAUGGUACCAGAGCAAAUGGUGGUUGUACCAUGCCUAGAAACAUUGGUUACAUCAGCCUUUUAUUUCAGUCCGUUAUUUUUCUUUGAUAUUCUGCCUGAAAGCCUUUGUUUCAUUUUUGCUAGUGUUUGAGUGGUACAUGGAAUAGUUUUGUGUGGGCCUCAGUCCUCUGAAGUGAGGGGCUGGGUAGUAUAGGCUCUGUCAUUUUGCCCUACUCCCCUAAAUUCCCCCCCCCAACUAUUUUAGCCUUUCCUUAAGAGGCCAUUUGCCAGUCUCCAACUUCUACAGCGUGUAUGUCUGUCCUGUAUCCUUCUAGAUCUAUGACAAAACAUACACAAUGGCUCCCAAUGCACUCUGCUUCAGCAACAUUGAAUCUUGCAGUGUGAUGUCAUCCUGGAACAGUACAAUAUACAGUGAUACUGAAAGCUAUGAUGUCAUACAAUGAACGGUAACACCUUCAUAGGAAACCUCUAUUACAGAAAAUGCCCUCCAUGGUCCUUGGAUUUGCUUUUCUGCCUGAAGAACAGGGGAAGAAAACUAACACAGUAUAAGGGAUUAGAAUACAAAUCUAUUGGGUUGUUUUGCUCACUGUGGAAUGAAAUUCCAUUUGGCAUCUCUUAAAAUAAUGAACAACACCCCAGCUGAGUAUCCUAUUGUCUGUAUAGCUUGCUCGAGCUGGGGAACAGAGUUCUGGUAAUAUACAUAAACCAUUCAAGCUUUACAUUAUAAAUGAGAGCAAAGCAUUAUUGAAAAUACUGGGUCUGUGGUAUACCUGGAGGGUAAUUCAGUCCUGAUGUGUUACUAGGGGGAACUUAGGGAUUCUGGAUUCUAUUCUCUGCACUGCAACCAACUUCUUUCUAGGCAACUGGGGAUUUGGGCUGAGACUUUAAUUGGUGGUUGCUGCAUGUGACCAAAAUCCAUAUUCUAUUAUAUGGGCACAAAAAUAUUCUCUGUGCCACAGUAAGUAACUAGGUCUUGCUUCACUUUAAAGUUAAGCUUUGUGGGCAGCCAUGAACGCUAGUGGCCCUGGAUAUCCAUUAGCUUCUUUGUAUGUGGGAGAUCUUCACCCAGAUGUGACUGAAGCCAUGCUGUAUGAGAAGUUCUCACCAGCUGGACCGAUCAUGUCCAUCAGAGUUUGUCGGGAUGUUGCCACACGUCGAUCGCUCGGUUAUGCCUACAUAAAUUUUCAGCAGCCCGCUGAUGCUGAGAGGGCCUUGGACACCAUGAAUUUUGAAGUGAUCAAAGGUCGGCCCAUUCGAAUCAUGUGGUCCCAGCGAGACCCUGGCCUCAGGAAAUCAGGGGUUGGGAACGUAUUCAUCAAGAAUCUGGACGACUCCAUUGACAACAAAGCCUUGUAUGAUACGUUCUCAGCCUUUGGGAAUAUCCUUUCUUGCAAGGUGGUUUGUGAUGAGAACGGAUCCCGUGGUUAUGGCUUCGUUCACUUUGAGACUCAUGAGGCAGCAAAUCGGGCCAUUGACACCAUGAAUGGGAUGCUGCUCAAUGACCGCAAGGUCUUUGUCGGCCAUUUUAAAUCUCGUAGAGAGCGGGAGGCAGAAUUUGGGGCACGGGUGAUGGAAUUCACCAAUGUCUAUAUCAAGAACUUUGGGGAUGAUAUGGAUGAUGACAGACUGCGGGAAAUAUUCUCCAAGUUUGGGAAAACGCUGAGUGUCAGAGUUAUGAUGGAUGACACUGGUCGCUCAAAAGGGUUUGGGUUUGUCAACUUUGAGAAGCACGAAGAAGCCCAGAAGGCUGUGGCAGACAUGAAUGGGAAGCAGAUCAAUGGCCGGAUGGUGUUCGUUGGCCGAGCUCAGAAGAGGAUGGAGCGUCAGAGUGAACUGAAGCGUAAAUUUGAACAGAUCAAACAGGAGAGAGUGAGCAGAUACCAGGGGGUGAAUUUAUAUGUGAAGAACCUGGAUGAUGGUAUUGAUGAUGAGCGGCUGAGAAAGGAGUUCUCUCCAUAUGGUACCAUUACUAGUGCAAAGGUGAUGACAGAGGGUGGACACAGCAAAGGGUUUGGGUUUGUAUGUUUUUCCUCCCCAGAAGAGGCUACCAAGGCCGUGACGGAAAUGAACGGACGGAUCGUCAGCACCAAGCCUUUGUAUGUUGCCCUCGCUCAAAGAAAGGAGGAAAGAAAAGCGAUUCUCACCAACCAGUAUAUGCAGAGACUGGCCACCAUGAGGGCCCUGCCUGGCCCUCUCCUUGGCUCCUUCCAGGCACCCACAGGGUACUUCUUGCCUGCCAUCCCACAGCCACAAACCAGAGCUACUUUCUACAGUCCUAGCCCAGUUGCCCCAGUCCGUCCUGCUCCUCGGUGGAGCACACAGCCCUCCAGGCCUCCCUCAGCCUACCAUGCGGCUACUCCAAUCCUGAGGGCUGCAGCUCCACCCAGGCGCCUGCUAUCCAACAUCAGCACCAUGAGACAGGCAUCUACCCAGGUGCCCCGAGUGCCACCGCAUGCCCAGAGAGUGGCCAACAUAGGGACCCAGACGCUUGGUGCCCGUGCACCCACCUCACCAUCCCUGCUGCGGGGCGUGCCACAGUAUAAGUACUCUUCAGCAGUGAGGAACAUCCAGCCGAUGGGAAGCGUGGCACCUAUGCUGGUACAACAGAGAGAUGCUGUCUGGAAGCCCCUGGGUGCGGGUGGCCCUGAAGGAAGCCAGCGAUUGAACGGAGCUGUGCUCUAGUGAUGAGGGCAGGGACUGGGAUUCCUGGCUCUUGGGGGCCACUUCUGGCUCUGCCAUUGAUUCGUGUGUGAUCCUGGGCAGCUCACAAUCAGCGCAGCUGGGGCUUCUCAUGUGCAAAAUGGGGGUAACUUGCCUUGGGGCUGGAUUAAGGCCUAGGCACUACAGGUUCCUGCUUAGGGACUCAGCUGCUGGAGUUGUGUGAUUAUACCACUAUUUUUUAUUUUAUUUUUUUAAAUUAAAGCUGAAAUUUAACUUUCUAGCCUCAUGAUUGUGAAUAAAAGCUUGAAAACCUGAGUCAAGUGAAGUCUCAUUGCUUUAGGCUCCCUACACACUAGCUCGCAGAGGUGUGAAUAGUCCCCAGUGCACUUCAAUGGAACACCCCACUGCUCUGAGGGGCACUGCCAGCACCACUCCAGCUGAGAGCUGUGUGGCAGGAGAGGGCAGCAGGCACAACCCCCUACCCACACACACAUAUCCGGGCUGCUGUUGGGUAAGCAAACCUCCCCCCACUGCCACUCCUGCCUUUUGGUGGGGAGAACAGGCCUCUGUUGCCACUCCUAGUGAAGGGGCUGAUAAGUGGGCCCCAUGCUGCUGCCCUGCCUCUCUAGGCAGGGACACGGGCCAUGACUAUGCUACAGUGGCACAGCUAUAAAGCCUCCUGCAUCCCGUGGAAGGGGGUUUCCAUUGCUGUGAAAUUUUUCUCAGCCCUGAGUGACACAGUUAAGUCAACCUACAUUUUAGGUGGAGACCAGGCCACCUGAUGUGCCUAGGCCCUGGAUUGCCUUAAUCCAGCCCUGACUUGCCUUCCUCACAGGGGUUAAGGUUAAUGAUUGAGAUCCCCAAAUGAAAAGGAGCUGUAACUACCAAGCCCUCCCAAUAGACCGUGCCCUUCUUCCCUGAAUCCUUGCUUCUAAAAUAUGACUUGCGUGCCUUGAUUAAUCCAGAUGCUGCUUCCUGCCGUUCUGAGUGAUUCUAUCC